ACUGGAAGUGGGCUGGCUCCCAGACCCUACCCUACCUCCCCAAGCUUCAUGUGCGGGGACCAGUGCUGUUCUCUGGACUUGGGCUUGGUGGGGAGGAGGCAGAGUGAGUGUGGUCUGGGGAGACUCACGUCUGCUUUGAACAGUCCCAGGACCUGCUGCUCUCAGGCCACCCUUCAGGGAGAGCAGAGAGAGGCCCUGGAGGGGCUGUCCCCCUUCCUGUGAGGCCAUCCAUCUGGGACCCGUGACCAGCAACACGGGGCCUGGGCUGGGUCACACCUUGUGCAUCUGUCCGUCCAGCACACUCUGAGGACUCUGCACGGCUGGGGACCAUGGGAGGCAGCGCUGGGACCCUGACCCUCACUGCCCUUCUCUACCUUGGUGAGCUUUCUGGAAACGAGGAGGGAUGGGGUUGUCCUUCCCCCCAGCCCCCAGGUCCUGGUCCCUGGGAGAUCUCAGGACUGUGGAGGAUCAGUGGGGGCAGAACUUCUGGGGGAAGGAGUGUCCUCAGCCCCAGAUGUGACCCCGGUGCCCAGGGGCCCAAACCAGGCCUGGAGCAGCUACAUGUGGGUGGGGGACGCACUCACAGGAACUCUCUUCCAGGGCUGUGUCGGGGCCUGUGGGACCAGGCACGGGCAGGGACCCUCCCUAAACCCUCCAUCUGGGCUGAUCCUGGCCCCAUGGUCACCAAGGGGAGCCCUGUGACCAUCUGGUGUCAGGCGUCUCUGCGGGCUGAUGUCUACUAUCUGUAUAAAGAGAGGAUCUAUGAAUCCUUGCCCAUGAAGACCUCAGAGGAUUCCAGCGAUAGGGCCAGUUUCUACUUUGCAUCCAUGAGCUCACACAGUUCAGGGCGAUACCGGUGUGCAUAUCAGAGAGGGAAGAGCUGGUCACAGCGGAGUGACCUCCUGGCCCUGGUGGUGACAGGAGUGUAUGAUGCACCCUCCCUCUCAGCCAACUCAGCCCUUGUGGUGGCCUCGGGAGGUAAUGUGUCCCUCUCCUGUAGCUCACUGUGGCAAUUGGGCUCAUUCCACCUGCUGAAGGAGCGGGGAGCUGAUGUGACACAAUACCUGGAAAUGACGUUCCGUCGUGAGAGGUACCAGGCAGUCUUCCUUGUGGGCCCUGUGAACACCUCCCAUGGGGGAAUCUACAGAUGCUACACUUCUCACGAAUCGUACCCAUAUUUGUGGUCACAGCCCAGUGACCCUCUGCACCUUCAGGUCACAGGUGUCUACAGGGAGCCCUCCCUCUCAGCCCAGCCGGGAUCCCUGCUGCAGUCUGGAGACAACCUGACCCUCCAGUGUCGCUCAGAGACUGGCUUCGACAGAUUCGCUCUGACCAAGGAUGAGGAGCUCAGAGCUCCCCAGCGUCUAGAUGGGCAACCCAGCCCCAACUUCACCCUGGGCCCUGUGAGCUCCACGCACGGGGGGGGCCGAUACAGUUGUUACUGUGGACACAAGCUCUCCUCCACGUGGUCGGCACCCAGUGCCCCUCUGGAUGUCCUGAUCACAGGAAUAUAUGAGAAACCGUCCCUCUCAGCCCAGCCGGGGCCUUCAGUGUCCUGGGGUGAGAACGUGACUCUGCAGUGUCGCUCUGAGAUCUGGUUGGAUACCUUCCACCUGUCCAAGGAGGGGUCCCUGGCUCCUCCCCAGGUCCUUCAUCUGCAGGACACAGCGAAACCUUACCAGGUCAAGUUCACCCUGAGUCCUGUGACCUCAGCCCACGGGGGGACCUACAGGUGCUACGGCUCAUCCAGCGCCUCCCCCUACCUGUUGUCCCAGCCCAGUGACCCCCUGGAGCUCCUGGUCUCAGGUCCCCACUGGUACCUGUAUGUCCUCAUCGGGGUCUCGGUGGCCCUCGUCCUGCUGCUCGGCCUCCUCGGCCUCCUCCUGGUCCGACACCGGCGUCGCGGCAAAGGCAGGAAGCCAGGUGAGAAGGGGAGGGGGUGACGGGCCCCAGGGGGUGGUGGCUGUCCUGUGGGCCGACCGAGGGCGGGC